AUGUCGAAGGUUUCCUUUAAGAUCAUGCUGACGUUGGACCCGCGGCUGCCCUACAGAGUACUCAGUGUUCCGGAAAGUACACCUUUCACAGCAGUCUUAACGUUUGCAGCUGAAGAAUUUAAAGUUCCUGCAGCAACAAGUGCAAUUAUUACCAAUGAUGGAAUAGGACUAAAUCCUGCACAGACUGCUGGAAAUGUUUUUCUAAAGCAUGGUUCAGAAUUGCUAAUUAUCCCUAGAGAUCGUGUUGGAAGUUGCUAAUGCCUGCUACUG